GUCAAAGAACGAGCCAGGUAGCUAGAGAGCGCGAUGCUCCGCUUGUGCCGACUUCUGAAGGGCAGGCCGCCGCCGGUGCUGGGCAACUCAAAGAAGGCGCGCUUCGCCGGCGUGGACGACAACCCGUCCAUCACCUUCAAACCGUGGGACACGUCUGAGCCGCUGAUGGCCGACUACGGCUGGGAGCGCGGCAAGCUGCCAAAGUUCCGCGCACGCAGCCCCUAUCAUCGCCAGCAGAUCGCCCGUCGUAUGGUGACCGAAAUGAUCCGCAAAGACUACGUCAUCGUCGGUGGCGCACGCGCGCCGGCGCUGCGUAUUUUGGCGGACCACGUCGUCGAGCUGUCGAAGUCGGGCGACACUGACUCCCGCCAGCAGCUCGCCUACUUUCUGCAGGACCCGCUAAUGGUGGACAAGGCCUUCGACGAGUACCCGCGGCGCUUCCGUGACAUGAACGCCAAGUACGCGAUGAUGACGCGGCUCAAAGGGCGACGGCGCUCCGACGGCGUUGCGAUGUACUUUGUGGAGUACAAAAACCGCGACAUGAGCGACAACCACAAAGGCGAGGACUACUCCACCGGCCCGGAGCGCUUCUUCUUGCCGCCGCGCAUUGUUGAAACGGAGAAGGGCAUUCAGCGCCCACCUCACAUGCAGAUGGCGUUUGACCGGUGGGCCAGCAAGUUCAAGACGGAGGAGUUCCAUCACUGGUGGCGGCUGCGGCAUGCGAAGCUGCGCUACUGGGGUGUGCGCAACGUGCCGCACCCGAGCGACGUCGACCCGCUUUGGACGGAGAAGGAGGAGGAGGAAUGGCACAACGAGAUGCUCGCCAACACCGGCGACUUCGAGGACUUCGACCUUGACGACGACUCUUUUGAGGCCACCGGCGAGGGCGCGCUUGGCGGCCCCGCUGUCUCAGGAGUGGGUCCUGCUCCGCAGAAGAAGUUCUAG